AUGGCGGACGAGCUCCCUGAACAUGGGCGCGAGCUGCACAGACCAGUGACUGGCGAAUCAAGCAUGGUGAAAGGCAUAUUACAGCGCCUCGAUAAGCUGUUUGAGCAAUUCUGGCAUAGGAUAGAAGCUCGGAAACAAAACUCACAUCCUCAGCAACAGGGGAGGAGGCAAAGUGAAAGGAGCCAUGCAGGGCCUGGGUCUCAC